AUGCCUUGUGAGUCUUCCUCCUCUCUCCCGCCUCUCCGAAAUCCCAACCCCGCGAUGCGCUGGUCCUCUGCUCUGCUCUCCGAUCUCUUUCUUCCCGAUCCUCGCCUCGCCGUCACAUGCCUUCAAGGCUACCUGCGUCAUACCCGCUUCCUGCGCCCCAAAACAUCCGAUUCCGCCGUACCUGCCUGGAAGCUCUACACACCCACAUACGUCGUAGCUUCGCCUGUCGAGAAGCAUCAAGACUCUGCCUGA